CACACGACAUCUCUGCACCUCAACGACACGCCGCAGAGAUGUCACUGAGCGACAUCAAGAAGAUCGUGCUCGUCCUAUCGGGCAAAGGCGGCGUCGGGAAAUCCAGCGUCACCACCCAGCUUGCCCUCUCGCUGUCCCUCCAAGGCCACUCCGUCGGCGUCCUCGAUGUCGAUCUCACCGGACCUUCGAUACCCCGAUUCCUCGGCAUAGAAAACUCGAAAGUCACGCAGGCGCCUGGAGGUUGGCUUCCGGUGCCGAUACAUGAAGCAAGAGAGCAGCAAAAUGGGAGCAAUGGCGAACAGACAAAUGUACAAGCAACGAGGGUAGGGAAGCUGGGAGCAAUGUCCCUCGGCUUCCUCCUCGCGAACAGAGGCGAUGCAGUCGUAUGGCGCGGACCGAAAAAGACAGCCAUGAUUCGACAAUUCCUCACAGAUGUACAAUGGGGACAACUCGAUUACCUCCUCAUCGAUACUCCACCGGGCACAAGCGACGAGCACAUCUCUCUUGUCGAGACACUACUCAAAUCUGCGACACAAGAACAACUAGCCGGCGCAGUAAUCGUCACAACCCCACAAGCAAUCAGCGUCAGCGACGUCAAAAAAGAAAUCAACUUCUGCCGAAAAGUCAGCGUGAAAAUCCUCGGAGUCAUAGAAAACAUGGCAGGCUUCGUAUGUCCGAAUUGCUCCGAAUGCACAAAUGUCUUCUCCAAAGGUGGAGGACAAGCCAUGGCGCAAGAGUUCAACGUCGAUUUCCUUGGAAGUAUUCCUAUCGACCCGAUGUUCAUUCGCCUAAUCGAGGAAGGCAAGCGACCGAGUUAUCCUCAAGGCACGAUUAUCCAAGGACGCGAUAUGCAAGCUGAAGAGGAAGCGAGUACGGAAGGAUUGUUGGUAGACAAGUAUACUGCUUGCUCUCUACAGCCUCUUUUCGAGACGAUUACGAAAGAUCUAAUUACCAAGAUCGGAACAUGAGAGCUCGCCCGCUUCUCUGAAUAUCCGCCCAACGCCGCGCUUGCGAAAGACCAGCUCCAUGAAGAGCACUGUACACUAUACAAGAUUCGCAUCACGACCUGUCCAAGUCCUAUAUGCAGUUGAGGCCCAGCAGCCCACAAUCCCUCCGGGUU